AUGCGCGGUGGGUGAAAUACCACUUCCCAACCCUGCCGGCGGCUCUGACACCUGCAAUGCGCUGGGUAGUUUGCUGAUCGCUCUACCCAAUAUCAAUAGCCUAACCUUAUAUGACCUGAUGAUUACAACCAUUGCUGGUAGCAACCCUUCUGAAGUUGUCAAUCUGAAAAACCAGACGCUGUCAUCCACUUAUCGUCCUAGCGCUAUUCCAGCAGGCCUUGCUGCCACAACACAGGUCAUAGUUGCUGUGUUUGCAGUGGGCACCACAACACCUCUGAAUAUCUACAUAAAGGACAAAAAGAGAAUUUUUCCAUGCCAAUUUAAUAGGCCGGGCAACACCACAUGCGCUUCCACGGAGGUCUGUCUAGGAAAUUUCACCCAUUAUUCGUGCAUCAACCCGAUCACUUUGUACGAUGGUAAAUUUUGCCCGGCGCUACCACAAGUUCACUAUGGCCAGUUCGCAGCACCGCAGCACAGCAACGUGUCUGUACAUCAGCAGGCCCGUGUGGUGUGCAAACUGGGAUAUAGUCCAAGCGACAAGAUCUCGACAUGUUUGAUGGACGUCACGGGAAACGCCAUCUCCUACCGCUGGUAUCCAGUUCCGACAUGCCGUCAGAAUCUGAAAUACUGCAAGCCCUUGAGCCCGCUCACGCACGGCAAAUUGAUUUACAACCACCAGCGCCGGAACACGCUGGGUUCGCCUGGACAAUUUGAGUGCGACUACGGCUAUGGAGGCUCACACCGGGGCAAACAUGGACUUCACUUUGUUUACACCUGGACGUCUAUAUGCCAAUAUAAAACCGCCGCCGAGGGCUAUUGGUUGGGCGCAGACAGGUUUUGUCAGCCCGUACCGACGUAUUGCCCGUUGCCGUCAGCUGUGAAUGUGACACACGGGCACCUGCGUGGAGACCUGCAGACCAUUGGCAGCAAGGCGGAAGUGAGGUGCAACAACGGAACCACCCGGGUCGGUCCCCAGCACCCUACCUGCAUCGUGAACCUAGAUCAGCCCAGGAGUGGCAUGUGGUACCCAAUGUCAUACUGUAGGGCCAAUCGUACACUCUGCCCGGACUAUCAUCCCAUCGAACAUGGUGGAUUUAGUUACGACGCGAUACGGCCGAAUUUUGUCAACGUUUGGUGUGACAUUGGCUAUGCUCUGAACAGACGGGAUAUAAGUUAUUGCAUGCCAGACGGGAACUGGUCACAUCACCAGAACUGCUCAGUCAUAGAUUUCUACUGCCCAGCACUUUCACCUGUGAAGAAUGGAGUGUUAACCUAUGAAGAUAAUGGAACUAUUUGGAGCAGAGCUUUUCUGACUUGCAAUUAUGGAUAUCGCUCCAUAUACAAUAGAGUCCUUACAUGUCAGCAAGGAGCUCAAAACUCCAGUGGUGGACAGUGGAGUGAGCGUACGAACUGCACAGUCGUCAAUCAGUUCUGCCCUGUUCACCCGCAAGUACUGAAUGGCUCUCUCUCAACCCCGUAUGACCGGAAAAUCCAUGCCAAUAUCACGGACAACUUCGAGUGUGAUAUUGGUUUUGUGCCCAGUGGAGAAGCUUUUUGCCUCUCAGCUAAAGAUGGCCAGGCUGUGUGGAAUACCACCCUGACUUGUGUCAGGAUUGCUGGAUACUGUGCAGACCCUCACUCGGUUCUUCGCGGUGUUGUUGGCCAAACGAGUCUCGGCAGCUACCAGGGUAGAGUCGGAGAUAAUUUCACAUUCCAGUGCCAGAACAUCUUCGGCCUGCGUCCCGGCAUAGUCGUCCAUUGCUUGUUGCAGAGCAUCCAGCAAGGCAUUUGGAGCGCCAUGCCGACUUGCAAAGAAGAUGAGGUGGAUUGUCCGGGCACCCAGUACAAAAUCUUCACUCCACCAUUGCUGGAAGCGUCCAACUACACCCUGGCAGAGAAGCGGUGUGCAGUGUUCGGAGCUGUCCUUCCUUGGUCCAGCCUGAGCACCUGUGUGCAGAUACUCGUUGACAGCACACAGUGGGCUAGCAAGCUAUGGCUGAGGACGGCGCAGAGCCAAGUCUCCCCAACAACCACGGUAUCGACCUGGCUGGGAAGCAAGUCACUCGCCGACCAGCGACUCCACAUCAUGUGUAGCUUUCUGCAGUUCCUGAGCUGUUCAGCCAGCGGCACCGUCCUCUACUACCCGACUCUGCCGAUACACAAGCACUCUCACGUCUCCGCCAAGCAGCUGUGCUCACAGCGAAGCGGGCGUCUGCCACGCAGGAGCGACUUAACCUGUGUGCAUGAGCUGUUGCGGCAGAAUCGCGAUGCUCUCCCCGUGUGGCUGCGGGGAACCGAGGGCGCUUCCAAGGCGCUCAACAGUGACAAUGUGGCCGUUUCAGCUAGUACCAAACUGCGUGUGAUAUGCGAAUCUUCUAGUCCCCAGGACCCCUGCCCGUGGCUGAGCAUCCCGAAUGCUCGCGUGACGUACCGCUAUGGCCGAUCGAGCGGAUCCACUGCCGUCGUGAAUUGUGACAGGACAUACAGAUUGUCCGGUGCAGCACAUUUACAUUGCGGGCAAGAUGCGGACGGGACGUUCAAGUGGACGGCUUCGAGUGGAUCCGGUUCAGGUGCAACUGCUUGCAUAUUGGACAGUGGCUAUUGCAGGCUGCCCACCCCUAUGAGCUACGGCGUGUACCACAACACAAAGAAUCGCAGCGUCGGUGCUUCUGCACUGCUCGUCUGCGACGACGGGUACCAGACGGCGCACGGCACCAUCACGUGCCUGGAUUUCAUUCAGGAUUUGGGAAAAUGGACUAGUCCGGCGCAAUGUGUGCAUCGUUCUACCUACUGCCCAACGCCAGUUGUACGGCAUGGCCACUUCCGUGGGCCCUUAUAUCUUUAUCUCGGCGGCAACAUCAUGCUCGUGUGCGACACAGGUUACAGGGCCAGUGGACGCGUGGCGUUCACGUGCCUGCGGCUAGAUGGGCAAGGUGGAGUUUGGAGCGGCACCGGAAGAUGUGACGACAUCAAUGAGUGUGUAACUGGAGUGCAUAACUGUGUUGCGCAGACCAAGUGUCACAACACUCCGGGCUCGUACGUUUGUUGUCGAUACGGAUUCAGCUUCAAGCAAGGAGCCUGUCAACAAAUGGAUCGCUACUGCCCUGCCCUCAGUAUAGUGAACGGUGCUCUCUCAAGUUCCAGUGUGGCAGCUGUGGACACCGUCCUUGGCCUCACCUGCGUGCUGGGUUUUCAACCCAUAGCAGGCACCAAGUUUGCAUGCCAGCCCUACUUCCUGAAUCUUGGAAAAUGGAACGCCACACCUAUCUGUCAAGAGGUGCUGAGCUACUGUGCAAAGAUCACCAUCGAUCAUGGCUCGGUGACGUACGAUCGUGAAAGAAGACUGAACAGUGGCGCGGCGUUGAUGUGUGAAGAAGGCUUCAUUCCAGUGUCACGGAGCUCAUCCAAGUGUGGGCCUGGCGACAGCAAAGCGGGUGCCUGGAGCAAUGUCUUGGCAUGCAAGUUGGACACGGAGUAUUGCGCUCACCACGGGGCAGUUUCAAACGGCAACAUCUCUCGCCAUGCCAACCGCACCCUGGGCACGGUUGCCAAGGUCACCUGCCAUGACGGUUACAUCAAGACUGCCAGUGCCCUGUUGUGGUGUAGAUCUGCUGCAUCACCACCACCACCAGGGUCUGGACCAGCUGGCAAGUGGAAUGACACAGCUAAGUGUGAACGCAAAGUUGGCUUCUGCCCUCAGCCGACUGCCGUGAGAGGAGUUCUGCAUGGAACAACAAGUGGAAAAAUAGGUGACACUCUUGUCUUGUCUUGCUUUCCAAGACACAUUCCAGUGCAAGGCACGGUUCUGUCCUGUGUUGCCGUGAAUGCUGCGACUGGCAAAUGGAACGCAUCAGCUGUAUGCAAUGACGAGUUCAAGUGUUCAGGCACGGCAAUCAAGCUAGCGGUACCUGUGUUCGACCACGCCAUGAACUACAAAUCAGCCAAGGAUAACUGUGGCCAGCUGGGCGGCCGAAUUGUCACACCGUCGUCGCUGACCUGCCUGCAGUCGUUCAUCCCCCCUCUCGCUAGGGGCGGUAGUGAGUACUGGGUCGGAGAGGAGUCCACGCAUGGCCUGCUGGGACCAGUGGCACACGACACCCAACUGCAGAUGGUCAAGAGCACAGCCUCGCUGAAAGUAGUCUGCGAAAUUGUUUAUGAGUACACAUGCCCAUCGACCAAAUCGAAACUCGUCGUGCCGCACAGCAUCGCCUCCAUAGAUACUUUCACCGUGGCCAGCCGUGUCUGCGACGACCUCGGUGCUCAUUUAGCUGAUCUGCACGACGUGUCCUGCGUGAACCAGUUUCUGGAGCUGAGCGGGGAUCGCCAUAGCGCCUGGCUGAGGGACCGACGCGGUGUUGACCAGGCGCUGACAACCAACGCGUUCAGCAAGACGGUCUCCGCCAACGACACUGGCUCACAUCACCGGAUUGUGUGCGAAUUGGCCGAUGCUGCCGACUACUGUCCCUGGAUCAAUCCAGCACACAGCUCAGUUAAGCUGUCCAAGGGAAGAUCCCUUCAUUCCACCGCACAGGUUACAUGUGACGAAGGGUAUUUCCCCGAGAACGGGCUCACCCUCGUGCAGUGCUUGCAUGAGACCAGCUCGUACGGAAUGUGGAGCGGAGUUCCAGUUUGUAUCGCCGACAAUAACUACUGUCUGCAGAUUGCGGGAAUCGGCUAUGGGAAGAUGCGCUACGACACAGCACGCAAGAUAGGUGGCACAGCUACACUGGUCUGCGAAGCCGGCUAUGUGGCCAAGUUCGGCGCCACUCUCACAUGCAUCAUGCAAGCUUCUGGCUACGGAAAGUGGGACAGAACGGCAAUGUGCGAGAAAAACCCAAUGUACUGUCCUGCUCUGACCUUCCCGAACGGAGCCGUCACUCACUCAUCCGCCAGGAAACUGGGCGACUCCAGCAACAUCAAGUGUUCGCACGGCUUCUAUCCAGGCGCGGGGACCAGUUUCCACUGCCGGAAGAAGACGAGCACGGACGGCAAGUGGAGCGGAGUGCCACUGUGUUUACCAAUUACAUCAUACUGCAAGACACUCAGGCUGGACAAUGGUGAUUUGGCCAACGCUACUGAUGCCACACUUGACAGCGUGGAGCUUCUGGUGUGUCACCAUGGUUACCAAGCAAGCAGCCUGGCUGCUCGUAGCUAUAAGUGCACUGUGGACAAGUCAGAUGUAGGACGUUGGGCUGGAACGGCUGUCUGUCAGAAAAUUGCCGACUACUGUCCAAUGAUCAGCAUGGACUAUGGUGCAAUGCGCUAUGACCACAGCCGGAGGAUCAGCACAGGAGCCACGCUGAAGUGCGAGGAAGGCUACCUGCCAUCGCAUGGGACCAGGUUUACAUGCAAGGCUGGGAACGUGUCGCUGGGCCAGUGGAACGAGACCGCUAGAUGUGUCGUCAAUACCAACUACUGCAACCACCAUGGGACAGUCCCCAAUGGUCAGGUCACCUAUGAUGUCGGCAUGCAUCACGGAGCCGUCUCCAACGUAACCUGCAACCAUGGCUACCAGGCAGCUGACGGCGUAUGGCUGUGGUGCGUGACAUCAAAGCCGGGAAGAGGAGUGUGGAACUCGUCAGCAACCUGUCAGAAAAUACCCGAGUACUGUCCCGUGCUGUCGAUUGCCACCGGUACGCUCAGCAGCCAAUCACAGCACCUGGAUGCCGCGGUGACGAUGGCUUGUCGUCACGGUUACGUGACGGCACACCCGCUGGUGUUCAAGUGCCUGAGCCAUGACAGUGCACACGGACGUUGGAACGAAACUGCAGAAUGUCUGCUAAUUACCGACUACUGCAACGGGCUGACGGUUACGCACGGAUCAGUGUCACACAGCGCCGGCCCACGGCUAGGCGACGUUGCACUGCUCACCUGUGAGGAGGGCUAUGUCCCGCAAACCGUCGCAGCCUUCACCUGUCUUGCGGCCAAUGUGUCCAAUGGUCAAUGGAGUGACCAGCCUCGUUGUGUUUUGAAUCACACGUACUGCAGUGAACAUGGCCAGGUAUCCAACGGUAGUUUGGUUUAUAACAGACCACGGAUACUGGGUAGCGUUGCUGACCUGCGCUGUGACCUGGGCUUUGCAGCCGUGCAGUCUGCACGCAUUGCCUGCAACAGCAAGUCACCCGGGGUGGGAGCGUGGAAUGCCACUGCAAAGUGCAUCAAGAAGCCUUCCUAUUGUCCAUUGCUGGAAAUACCGCAUGGUCGAAUAGCCAAUGCACACAAACUGGCCUUGGAGGACGUGUUUAAUUUUAGUUGCAGUACUGGAUACUACUCUGUGAAUGGUAGCCAGCUGUUGUGUGAGACCCUGAAUGAAACUAUGGGCAAGUGGAAUGUCACCUCCGAUUGUCUGCCUCUGGAGAACUACUGCCCGGCAUUGGAUGUAGACAACGGGUUUCUAACAUACGACAAGGCUAAUGAACCUGGUUCACUUGCCCAGCUUACCUGCGAUGAUGGUUAUACAUCUCAUUUACCCACCACACAGUUCACGUGUGAAACUGUGGACCGGGUCAUGGGAAAGUGGUCAGCGACGCCUAGAUGUAAAAUUAUCGCUGGCUAUUGCCGUCGUGUUCUCAUUGAGUACGGCACAAUGGCGUAUUUAGGUUUAGGAACUGUGGCAUCCAGAUCAAGACUGACAUGUUUCCGCGGCUAUGCCCCCGUGCAAGGAACCGACUUUGAGUGUGAGCUGAAAGACCCUACCAUCGGCCAGUGGAAUGCCACCAUAGAAUGUGCAGCGGACUGCUCUGACGUUGCCGUGGGAAACGGCUCCCUUGCCUUUGUACCGGGAACAGGGAAGCAUGCCAGCACGCUACUGACCUGUGACCCGGGAUACGAACCUGAGAACGCUACCACAAUCUUCACUUGCUUGCAUAUCGACAAGACAACCACGCAACUUCUAGGAGCACCGACUUGCAAGUAUAUUCACAACUUUUGCCCCCCACUGGAGGACCAACUCGGAAACUUCACCUACUCGAGGAACCGCACGAUUGGCGAUCAUGCCACCCUGGAGUGUCAAGCGGGUUUUAUCCCGUCCUCUAGUAAACACCCGACGUGCAUAGCAAAUGGACUUGCCAGAACUGGAGCGUGGAGUCGUGCGCUCGAAUGCACAGUGAAUCGUGCCUACUGUCCGGAGAUCAGCAUAGCCAGUGGCGCUGGACGGGUAUCCUUUUCAAAUGAACGGGAGCUUGGCUCCGUGGCAACGUUCUCUUGUAGCCAUGGUUACAAGUCGGUGUCCGAGCCCAUAUGCAUGGAGGCCGGGCAAAUGGAAGGAGUGUGGAACGACAGCAGCACAUGUCAAUUGAGAGAAGAGUUCUGCCGAACUGCCGAGAUCCAGCAUGGUUCUCUAGAGGUCAUCAACGGCAAUAACGUCAGGGCAAUCGCAGAGAUCAUUUGUGAAGACGGUUACAGAGCGGCUGGUCAUCGUCAAUUCUCUUGCAUAGCAGUCAAUGAACAUUAUGGCGUGUGGACUGGUAGUGCAGUGUGCGAAGUGUCGAAGAUCGAGGGCAGUAAAGGUGUGGCCGUUAUCCUGCCCAGCGCUCUGGGUGGCCUCGCCGUGAUUAGCGCGCUUUUGCUCAUCAUCAUCUGCCACUCAAAACGGACGCGGAAACCAGUCGCAAUCUCCCACAUGCUUUCCAGGACAAUGCUGUCUAAUGUGUCCACGUUGACCUCGAGGUACACUAAAACGAUGGCAGAGGAGGAGAAGGAAGUAUUAGCAGGACGGCAAGACAAAAUGCCGGAAGAUGAUACCUACCUUCGGCCAGCCGAUGCCCUGAAGCUCGUUAACAAUGCCGGCGGCAAACGGCGAAGCACUUUGCUUCCGGAUGACGGUGCAAUAACCCGAACAAGGUCAAGUACGAUUGGAUCUCACCUCGGCCUUCAAUCGGAGUGUGAUCACGAUCUGUCCAAUGCCUCAGAAUGUGCCGGUGGGCACGGCAAUCAGAAUCCCGUUGAAGGGUACGACCAGUUCAGCACGGGGUCAACACUGAAUCCGGGAGUCGGCUAUGAUCAAUUCGGCGCUGGCGGUGGUGGCAAAUACGAUGAAUUUGGCACGGGAUCACCUGUUAAUCCGGGAAUCGGCUAUAAUCAAUUCGGCGCUGGCGUUGGUGGCAAAUACGAUGAAUUUGGCACGGGAUCACCUGUUAAUCCGGGAAUCGGCUAUGAUCAAUUCGGCGCUGGUGGUGCUGGCGGUGGUGAUGGCCUGACAUCAGAGAUUGGUUAUGACGCAUGUAACGGACUGACCACCACCAACAAUGGCAUAGUACACAGCAGGUCGGAUCCGAUCUACGAUUGAUUUUUAAGGACCAGCGACAAGUAAUGAAUGCUGAUCCACAGAGACUGACUGACCCAUGGCAGCCUAGUUCAUGCUCUAGUGUACACUAUGCCCAAAGAGCACACGGUGUUGCAUCGAUGGUUGCACUACCGUGCUACACCAUUCCACCCGGCAGCUCCGUAUACACGCCAUUCGAACUCUGGGGCGAUUUGGCACGGAGGAACCAUCAGUUGUCGCAAGUCGACAUCAGCACUGCCGAGCUUUCCAUCAAACACCUGAUCAUAAGCACCAAUGAAACAAGCACAAUCAAACACCUGAUCGUAAGCACCAAUGUGAGCAGCCACUGGCCUCGUAUCCUGAUGCCGAUGUUCGGCGAGUGCAUUCGGAGCACAGGGUAUUCCCGGAGUGCAUCGUGUUUGAACUUGCAUGUUUCAAGACUCACAUACCAAUAUAGAAAUCCACAGCACCAUACACGGCAACUUUAACCCUGAUGUGCUGGAGUGGCCAUGAGCUGCACACGGCCAGCAACUCAAGGCCUUUGCAAUGCACGCCAGAGUUGCCGGUCGCAGCAGUCCACGUGCAUGUAUUUGUGUAACACAUUGCUGCCAAGCGCAUUCCUAUUUUCUUCAAGCUCAAAUCAUGUGAGAUUUUCAUCAAUCGGAGCAUGGCUAUGCUUGCCGGGGUUUUUUCUUCCUACUGGCCUCACCUGUUUAACGCUAGGUAAUUUGUAUUUUUUCCCCCAGGAGCAUAAUUAUACAGUGCAUGGCCACUUAUUCACACGUCAUUCUCAAGGACGUAAAUAUACGUCCUUAGCGGUGACAGGGUUAUGUAAAGCAGAGAGUCACUCCCGUGCAUUUCAGUCUUAAAAGUCACAUAUACGAUGCUGCUUGCUCAUGUACACAAUCAUGGUCCGCUGACUGAGUGAUUACAACACCACGGACGGGGAUUUUCCUGCAAGGAACAUCGCCCGAACAGUGAUGACUCAUCGUUGAUGUACAUGCAGCAAUAGAGUAUGCUUGGAUUUCACUUCUCCACCUGUAUUCAUAAUUCUAAUUCUGCUCACACAUGAAUUUUCUUUGUUGGCACAUGCCUGAGAGUGAGGUGCAUGAUUGGUGGACUGCUGUUAUACUUGCCAAUGAAAGACUGAAUAAUCAAAUGAAUGGCUGCUGGACAAAGCUCAAACUGUGCCUUCAGCAAAGGGGGAUAUUAUUAUUAUUCAUCUGUAUACUUUUGAGGCUUUUUUUCUUCAUCCUGUAAUGACCUAUAGCCACCCAAUGUCCACCUGGAAUUCAUCCAAUGUUCACCUGGAAUUCAUCCAAUGUCCACCUCGAAUUCAUCCAAUGUCCACCUCGAAUUCAUCCAAUGUUCACCUGGAAUUCACCCAAUGUCCACCUCGAAUUCACCCAAUGUCCACCUGGAAUUCACCCAAUGUCC